GCCAGGGUGGAAGAAGAGCAGGCCAGGGAGGAAGAGGAGCAGGCCAACAAGGGAGAGAAGGUCCAGGAGGGAGAGCAAGACAACCUCGUACCAUCAUUACGGACGAGAUGCGAGCAACAGUCAUUGACCAUGUCAUUGUCCAUGGCAUGACAAUGGCUGAAGCAGGACUAAGAGUCCGUCCAAACCUGAGUAGGUUCACCGUGGCCACCAUUAUCAGGGCAUUCAGACAACACAACAGGUAUUGUACUCUAUUGCUUUCUUUGUCACAAUACAAUUUUACAAGCCUGUGAAAGUAGUCUAUUACAGUAGUUUCAAAUCAGUUGUUACUGUAUUGUAAAACAUGUCAAUUGACGACACGUUUCUUUCUUUAGAGUUGAAAGAACGCCACAUAGAGGUGGGCGGGUUGCCAUAUUUACAGCGGCACAAGAAACCCUCAUUGUGGAUAUGGUUCGUGAGAACAACCUCAUCAGACUCCGGGAGAUCAGAGACAAAGUCAUUGACGAUAAUGUGAAGUUUGAGGGCAUUGAUGAUGUCAGCUUGGCCACAAUAGACCGAGUUCUCCGGCGCCAAAAGAUGCGGAUGAAACAAGUCUAUAGGGUUCCCUUUGAGCGAAACUCUGCACGACACAAAGACCUACGUUACGAGUAUGUGCAAAGGAUAUUACAGUUGGACGCGAUGGCCAGACCUCAUGAGUACCUCUUCCUGGAUGAGGCUGGCUUCAACCUGCACAAACGAAGGCAAAGAGGCCGUAACAUCAUUGGCCAAAGAGCCAUCACUGAGGUUCCUGGCCAACGGGGGGGUAAUAUUACUCUUUGUGCGGCUAUGGGUUUGGAGGGGCUUGUCCACCGGCAGGCUGUCCUUGGGUCUUACAACACCCAACGUCUCCUAAUCUUCCUAGAGGAGCUAAAAGAUAUCCUCCUGGACCGCCAACAACACCAUCCUGGGCCCGAACAUCCCAUUUAUGUGAUCAUUUGGGACAAUAGGAGUUCUUCUCAUCGUGGAGAUGGAAGGUUUAUGACAGACAACCAUACACUAGAGAAAACCUCCUAAGGGCAAUGGAGCUGGCGUGUGUUGACAUCCCAGUGGAGAACUUCCAAGGAUGGAUCCGCCAUUCCAGGGCGUUUUUCCCACGGUGCCUGGCAAGAGACAAUAUAGCCUGUGAUGUGGAUGAGGUGAUGUGGCCUGAUGCAGCUCAGCGACAUGAUGCCGCACAGUGAUUGUGGUGUAAAUACUGUAAAAUGAAUAAAAAAAAAUUUCACACCCUGAUCAUGUUUUCAAGAGUACUGUUGUGUGCAAUAGAUUCUGCUUUUGCAGUGAGUUGUGUUACAGUAGUGUACAGAAUUUACUAUAGAUUUAUACCCUUCAUAUGAAACUCACAAAUCUAAAUGCCCAAUCCUCUGCAGAACUCUAAGAAGAUCCAGAAUUGUAAAGUUUCUAAAAAUAUGCAUUGGCAGUAAAGAAACAAAGAACCUUCUCACAAAUUGACCAUUGUGUUUUCAAUUGUUUUGCUGUAGUGUGUAAUGAUGUGUAUAGUGUUUACAUUUUUGAAAGCUUCGAGCUGCUCUUUGGGUGUGAAAGUUUUAGUUUUGAAGGGAGAAGGUGUGGUUGUGUUUAUGUAGCUUUAGAAAAGGGUGUUGUGUUUAGACAUUGGAGAACAUGGACGAAACGUUUGUGAAAUGUGUUUUAGCAUUUGAGAAAAACUGUAUUAGUUUUACUGUAAUACUGCAAGAAAAGGGCCAAUUUUUAGAGAUGUUACAGUAAUUUACUGAGACAUUCCACAACUGUACAUACUGUACUGUAAGUUUGAGGGACCAUAAAU